CCAAGAGCUAACCACUGCAGUUGGUCUAUUUUACGGCUGGAAAUGCCAUUAAAUACCAACACCAGGACACGAUUCUCCAGUAGUAACACUGAAUUAUCAGCCAGCUCAUAUUAAACCCAUCGGGUAAAAUGUUUCCACAUGUUUGCUUCCAGAUGAAUCCGUUUAGAAACUUAAUUGGAGGCUCAUUAAACCAUUAGUAUAAAUGUUUGUUUGUAUUUACAUGGUUUAAUAGAAGAUGAACCCUUUAUUAAAUGUGAGGGGGAGGCAGCAGGAUGCUCAGUGAGGACAAAUGGAAAUGUGCAGUGACACAGUCAUGGAGAGAAAGUCUCUUUUGAGUCAUACGGUUUCCUUCCUUUUAAACCGAAGCCUCGAUACCACCAACGUGCCGUAUGCAGUGUAAGCAUACCCCCCACCCCCACACACACACACACAACUCAAUUGGGGCCUUUUCACUGAACAAAAGCGGUACACAUCCGUUUGUGCAGACAGAUUCUGUGAGAAUAGGACGGGUGGAAGAGGCUCUUUUGGUGGCUGCACCUGUCCUGUUUCAUGAGGCUCUAAUAAGCAGAUAACAGGGUGAAAAAAAAGGAUGUCAUCCACUGAGGGAGAUACAGACUCCACCUUCUCCUUCUCUGACUGCAAUUAAUUACGUCCUCCUUAUGAGGCCAUGGCUUUUUUCAGCAGCCACCACGCAGGUCUUGAUGCAGUGUUGUGUCAUUAAUGUGUGUUAAAGUAUAUCUCUUGUUUAAUCUCACGCAUUAAGAGGCAGAUGAGCGAAAAUGUUAUGAAAGACGUUAUGAGUCUUGGUCAUUUUAUUUCCUUUUUUUAAAAAAUAUUCUCAAAUUCCUUUUGACCUUCCAUUCAUCACAGCAGCUUCUUUAUUGCACAGACCUGCUCUAACAAAGCGUGGCCCCCGUGCACGGUUUGCUACGUGAUGCUGCCCCCCCCCCGUACUUGCUCCCAGGUAUCUGCACGGUGCCGGCCGGUCAGGAGGAGUAGCGGUGCUGCCCACGACCUGCGCGCUGGUGGAGAAAGUCCUCCUCCGCUAUCCAUGGUGUGCUCUCAGGCACUCCAUCAGAGCCCUCCCAGCCUCGGGGCUUUGCACUUUUACUUCCCCCCCUUUGUGACCGUUCCCUCUUCUCAGAGGCACACCAAAAAUAGGGUUGCCACAACGAAAAGAGUGAGCGGAAAAAACAGAUCCUCAACAUCUCCUGUGACGGGCAGUGGACACGGAAACACUGAGCGAGCCAGCGAGGAGGGGGAAACGUGCACUGAGCCAUUUUCUUGGGGGAACCAGUGCCGUUGAUGGGAAGAGGAUGCAUUGCGGGCUGCUGGAGGAGCCUGAUAUGGAUUCCACAGAGAGUUGGAUUGAGAGAUGCCUCAACGAGAGUGAGAGCAAGCGGUAUUCCAGUCACACGUCUCUGGGGAACAUGUCCAACGAUGAACAUGAAGAAAAAGAAAACAACAGAGCCUCAAAACCACAUUCGACACCGGCUACUCUGGAAUGGCUAGAGGAGAACUAUGAGAUAGCUGAGGGUGUGUGUAUUCCGCGAAGUGCCCUCUACAUGCAUUACCUAGACUUCAGUGAGAAACAGGACACGCAGCCUGUGAACGCAGCCAGCUUCGGAAAGAUCAUAAGGCAGCAGUUUCCAGCGUUGACGACCAGAAGACUUGGGACCAGAGGGCAGUCUAAGUACCACUACUACGGCAUAGCCGUGAAGGAGACCUCCCAGUAUUACGAUGUGAUGUACUCCAAAAAGGGGGCGGCCUGGGUGAACGAGACCGGGAAGAAAGAGGUCACGAAGCAGACAGUGGCGUAUUCACCGCGCUCCAAACUGGGAACGCUCCUGCCAGAGUUUCCAAAUGUCAAAGACCUAAAUUUGCCCUCCAGCCUGCCAGAAGAGAGGGUGUCGACCUUCAUCAUGAUGUACAGAACGCACUGUCAGAGGAUACUGGACACUGUUAUCCGAGCCAACUUUGAUGAGGUCCAAAGCUUCCUGCUGCACUUCUGGCAGGGCAUGCCGCCCCACAUGCUGCCGGUGCUCGGCUCCACCACCGUGGUAAACAUAGUCGGGGUUUGCGACUCCAUCCUCUACAAGGCCAUCUCCGGCGUGCUGAUGCCCACCGUCCUGCAAGCCCUGCCUGACAGUUUGACUCAGGUUAUUCGGAAAUUUGCCAAACAGCUGGAUGAGUGGCUCAAAAUAGCACUUCAUGACCUUCCUGAAAACCUGAGGAAUAUCAAAUUUGAAUUGUCCAGAAGAUUUUCUCAGAUUCUAAAGCGGCAAACGUCAUUAAAUCAUCUCUGUCAGGCCUCGCGGACCGUGAUAAACAGUGCCGACAUCACCUUUCAAAUGCUGGAGGACUGGAGGAAUGUGGACUUGAACAGCAUCACCAAGCAGACACUUUACACCAUGGAGGACUCACAAGAGGAGCACCGGCAGCUUAUUAUCCACCUGUAUCAGGAGUUUGAUCGUCUAUUGGAGGAGCAGUCGCCAAUCGAGGCGUACAUCGAGUGGCUGGACCUGAUGGUGGACCGCUGCGUCGUCAAGGUGGCAGGGAAGAGGCCCGGGUGCCUGAAGAAGGUGGCCCAACAGUUCCUGCUGAUGUGGUCGUGUUUUGGUACCAGAGUCAUCCGGGAUAUGACCCUCCACAGCGCGCCCAGCUUCGGCUCCUUCCACCUGAUCCACCUGAUGUUUGAUGACUAUGUGCUUUACCUGCUGGAGUCGCUGCACUGCCAGGAGAGAGCCAACGACCUCAUGAGGGCCAUGAAGAGCGAGGGCAGCACAGCGGAGAGAGAGGAGGAAUUCCCGGUGACAGAAACCACCGCCGCCUCCCCGUCCCCACGGCCCUUCUCUCCCGCCCGGUCGGUCCACUCGGUUUGCGUUUCCUCGGCCGGCUCCCCCACGGCGGCCGUGUCCCCGGAGUACGCAGGCGUCCCCGCCACCACCACCACGGGCGCUGUUCAGUCAUAUACCUGGUCCCUUACAUACACAGUGACAACGGCCGGCGGCUCCGCUCCAGAGGCCGGACAGCAGCUGUCCUGUAUGAGGAGCAGCGCUCCAGUGCCACCGCCGUCCUCCACCCACCGGAUGCCUGUCUACAGGGAGGAGCAUGGGUACACUGGUAGCUACAACUACGGCAGCUACGCCAACCAGCAUCCUCACUCCAUCCAGAGCCAGUAUCCCAGUCUGGCCCAUGAGCCGGCCAUCACAACCCCCCUCCACUACUCCGCCUACCACCGGUCGUCCGCACAGUACCAGCUCAACGGCCAGAUGUCGCGCAUGGAGCCGUGCUUGAUGAGCAGCACCCCGCGGUUACACGCUGCACCCGUCGCCCCCCGGUGGCCCGACGUGUCACCAGCGAACGCCUGUUACAGCAGCCCACCUAUGCAUUCGUCCCGCUACGCCACCUCCGGGGACCUAUACUCUCCCCUCGGCCCACGCAGGAACUCAGAGUAUGAACACUCGCAGCAUUUCCCAGGCUUUGCCUACAUCAACGGAGAGGCCACCACGGGCUGGGCAAAAUAAACAAUGGUCACCCGUGUAAAAGCCCCGGGCCUGCCGUACUUGCAGAUGCAAAGUAUCUAAACGCUUCUAAUCGAGUACGUGGUGCAGAGAGGAACAGAGAGUACAUGGUUAUAAGAAUCAUGGUAUGUACGUACUGACACUUUGGAAAGCCUCGCCGAUGAUCUGUAACUUGCGUUAAAAUAGAUGGGGGUUUUUUCCACCGCUGGAGGAAAAAAAGUCCAAAUCAGACAGAAUGAACUUGCAGCAAAAUCAUUUAGAAGUGCAAUGCUGCUGCCAAGCUGUGCCUUUGUUUUAUGGAAUGUAAACCUCUGUUUCCCUCGCCUGUCUCACAAAUCAGCACACGCAGCGUCCCACCGGCCCUCAGUUUUGUCAGUGACUGGGGGGAUCCGUGUGCUGCAAGCCUUCACUGACACCAGUACAAUCUCAGUGAGUGCGUGUCUCCUCUUGUCGCUCAGCGUCGUGCGGCAUCUUGUCAUGAACCUGCUGCAGUGGCUUUGAUUGCUGCAGGAUGUGGAUGAACUGCACUGCCUUAAAGUUCUUUUGGGACACGCGUUACAGAGGCACCAAACGAAGGACAGAUUUAAACUCUUUGAUCGGGGUAUGAAGGUGUCUCCCUCUUGAUCGUUUUUUUUAAGUGAUCAAAUGCGGUGACUCAAAAACAACUGCGUGUGUAUAUUCUGUUGCAAGAUUGUUUGCUGUUUUACUGUGACUAUAUAUGUAUAUAUACAUAUAUACAUGUAUAUAAAUAUAUACAUAUAUAAAUAUAUAGUAUGUAUUUUCUGUAACUUUGUAACAUGGUGUAUCCUUUAUUUUCUAUGUUACAAUUGGUACUUUGUUCUCUGUUUUGUAUGGUUAGUGAAAGACACAUUAACCUAGGGUUGUGUGUUUUAUAAUGCACUCAAAGCUACUGAGGACCUAUUACCCUAUGGGUAUUUAUAAAAAUGGAAAUUAUCAAAAUGUACAGUAACAUGAAGUCUAGUCACUUUUCUGUAAAUAAAAGCACUGGAAACCGUCUGUGGUGACAAUUUAAA